AUGCUCCUUGGCUUGCUGGCAGUCCAUCCCAUUCCCGACGAGGCGUACACCGUGAUGGCGGGCGAAGGCGGUACGGGUAAUUUUCUUAGCGCAGCUCUCGAUUUCGACCUCAAUGAGGAGUAUCAUGAUCUUCCAGACUGCCAACUGCCCAAUGCCCCGAUUGAUCUAAUCGGGGACCGCGAUGCGGACGGGGAAUUCGAGGCAGCUGUUGGGGGCGAUGUGUUCCUGGAUGCUCAGGAGGAAUUUCCGGCCUCGAACCCUGAAGUCGGGGUCGAGGGAAAUGUGGCUGAGGGCGGAUUUCCGAGGGGCGGAAUUCCGAGGGGGGUGUUCAUUAAUCUCGCGGACGAUGACGAGGACCCCCACCGAGCGUUGUUUGAGGAGAAUUGGGAGGAAAAUGCUAGCCGAAGCCCAACCUCUGAAGAUAAUGCCACCUGUCGAAUUCUUUUUGUGGAACCGGCCCGUGGCAAUGUGAACGGCCCAGAAUCAGAGGCAUCGCCCCAUGGAAGUGCACAUGGUGUCGGAUCGUCGGCUGCGCCCGCGGGAAAUGCUGAGGGACAAGAACCACAGGUUGCGCCACAGGGAAAUGCGGAGGGGCAAGCAUCGCAGGCCACGCCUCAGAGAAAUGCAGAUGGGCCAGCAUCAGCUACGCACGAGUCAGUUCGAAAACAGGCCGACGUGGCCAGCAGGAUUCGCCGCGCAAAGGUCCCCUACGAUUAUCUCGCGGCGAAAACCAGAAAAGACUACAUCCUGUAUUGGCUGCACUACAAGUGGUGGGUCAUCAUGUUCAUGUCAACGCUGCCCAAGACUGAGGUUCCGGCGGCGGAACGUCUGGACCCGCUGAAUCCUGACGAGGUUGGAAGCCAUCUGGGGAACGACAAAAAGGCGGAGUGGUCAACUGUGGAUUUGGAUGAAGUUUAUCUCCACGGGCCCCGUGUUACUGGAUGGAGGAUUCAGAGGUUCCUGCGGUACAUGGCAGAGGAAACCCCCGCGCAGGCCGAGAUGAUGCGGAGAGGCGAAGAAGUGGUGGCUGGAAAGGAGCCCAUCCCUAGUACGCCGAGCAUGAUGAAGGCAAAGAUGAGCGCUUUGGGCUUCCUGGGUAGACUUGAAGCUCGACUCUACGACUACCCGAAGGCCCAAGCAGAUGAGUACAUCGGCGAAUCGCGGGAGUACAUGAAGCUCAAGCUGAAACAGCUGCACGACAAGCAGCACCGAAACUCUCUGGACGAUUGCUACACGUCGGAGCAGUACGCGGACCUGCACGAGAAGCACUUUCUGAGGGAGAUCAAAGAGUGCUACCAGAGAGCCAGGGUUGCACUAUCAGAAAGUCUCUGGCGGUGUUUUGCGGUGCAGGUGAUGAUUCAACUCGCACACCAAAUGUUGGGGAGGGGAUGCAGCAUUCGUGCUCUACGAUUCGCGAACAUGUUUGUCCGCCACACGCGUAGCAGCACGGCCGUCCCCGACCGCCAGAAGGAUCUCCCUGUGGUGGUUUUCGCCUCUCAAAAGUCAAAGACGAAUGCGACCAACAGGCUGACCCACCAAUUCUUGGCCCGGCACAUCAACUUCGCGCUCUGCGGUGUUGGUGGUCUUUUUCUGUGGAUUCAUUUCGUCUACGACCUCGUGCCACUGCGAUUCGGAGCGGACAUCAUUCCGCCACUGGACUUCAGCGACCCCCUUCAGUGGUCUAAGAAGCACAUUUUCUUCCCAUUGAGGCACGGAAGGGAACAACUGCAGGAAGAGCUUCCGUACGUGACUCACAACAACUGGAUUAAUUGGGUCAUGAACGACGUAGCGCGACCGCCCUGGCGGAUUAGCAAAAAGACCCAUGCGUUUCGCCGAUCGGGAGCCCAAGGCCUGAGUGACGAUCGCUGUCCCGACCCCGACAUCAACGCUCUCGGCGGCUGGGAGCAGGGCGAGAUGCGAAAGUCCUAUGUCGUGGGCGUUCCGUUUUGGCCGGUCUUGAUGAUGGCCGGAUUCAGUGGGGAGCCGGGAGAUUACUACAUCGGCAGAGCGCACGCUAAACUCGACAACGACACUGAGUGGAAACAGUUGCAAGACCUCUUCAAGCUGUUCAUCUUCCCGCGCCUCGAAUCUGAUUUGGCAAAGGUACCCCUUGAUUACCCAGCCUUUUGCAGUGUCUAA